CAUAUUGGGGGGAUUACCGUCGUGAGCAGUACUGAUAGCAGCGUAGCUUUUCCGAGUUAGCUUCAGUUCUUUUUCCACCUUAAGCCGAGUGUGCUUUUAAAUUCAAAAAUGGCUCGUUGGUGUUGCAUAAAAGGCUGUUCGAGUAAAACAGGACACUUUGGCAUAAAGUUUUUCAGGUUUCCCGUCUAUAGAAAAGACCGUGGACAGCAAAUGGAAGAUCUAAGCAGGAGACGCAGGUUGGCCUGGGUUGCAGCUGUCAGGCGCAAGGAGAUCACAUUCAAUCAGAUAUCAGCAAACAUGCGUGUUUGUUCACUGCAUUUUCAUAAAGGUCAGCCAGCUUAUGAGAUGAUGGAAAGUGAUGCGGACUGGGCUCCAUCUCUACGUCUGGGUCACACUGACGUUAAACCGACUGACGCAGCACGCUAUGCAAGACGACGUAAACGAGACCAGCAACGUAACAGCACAUCACAGGAAGCUGAGUUAGUGGCGCAGCAGGAUGUAGACGUUUGUGGCCAUCAUGUCCUGGAGGAGGCUGAUCUGUUUGCUGAGGUGCAGCUGGAAUGCGUUUCAGAUCCGACUGAUGAAUCUGAACAGAUUGCUGAACAGGGGACUGUCAUCCCUGAAUGUGAAGCAUGUGCCCUUAAGUCGGCAGAAAUAAAUAGACUCAGAGAAGAAAAUGGAGAACUGAGGCAGCAGGUGAACAGAGUUACUUGCUUUGAAAUUUUUACAGAGAGACCAUCUAAUGUCAAAGCCCGGGCCCAGAUGUUUUCAAGUUAUAAGCACAACCACACCAUGAAGUACCUGAUAGGAAUUACACCCAGAGGAGCCAUCUGUUUUUUGUCCAAAGGAUGGGGGGGGCGUACAAGUGACAAGCAUAUCACACUUAAUAGUGGAUUUCUUGAUAAAUUGUUGCCAGGGGACAUUGUUUUGGCUGACAGAGGUUUUGAUAUUCAAGAACAUGUUGGGAUGUUGUGUGCUGAGGUGAAACUCCCUGCUUUUACAAAAGGCAUGUGUCAGCUAGAUGCAAAAAACGUGGAGGAAACUAGAAAAAUAGCACAUCUGAGAAUCCAUGUUGAAAGGGUGAUUGGAAAUGUAUGUCAAAAGUAUAAGAUCUUGUCAGGUACAAUGCCAAUCUCUCUGAUACUGCCAUGUGAGUGUGAGGAUGUAACGCUUUUAGAUAAAGUGGUUACAGUGUGUUGUGCAUUUACAAAUCUUUGCCCAACUGUAAUUAAAUAAUGUGACAGUUACUGUAAAUGAUUUAUGACACAAUGAAAUGAAAUAAACAUACAAAAUGUUCAACUGUUGUCAUAAGAUUUACAUCCACAUAUUGAAUUUUGGUGGUUCUUAAUUGUUACCUGUCGUGAUGCAGAA